AUGCCACCAAAACUCUCUUACGGAUUGAAUUUGCCGAAGAAGCUGUCGGGCCCGACCCCGGGCAAUGCCCUAGGACAGAAGCGAAAGAAAGCCAUAUUUGACGAUGAUUCCGGCGACGAAGACCAGUCGAACGAUAAUGGAGUCGUGGAAGUGUCCACAAUCGGAGGACUCGAGGCGCCAGCUCCAAAACCCAAACCCUCCUCCACCGCCGGGCCGCCACCGAAACGGAAAUUGCAAUUAGGAAACGGUAGCAAGCCAAGCAUCAAACCGCUGAGCAAGAACUCUAUAUUUGCAAACGAUGAGGACGAGGACGAGGCAAAGGACAAAGAACGGCAGGAAGGAGUUACCAUGGGACUGAACCAAUCCCAGUCGAAGAAGGCGGCCAGUACGGGACAAGACUUUACGAACUUAUCUGCAAUGCGCAGCAGUCGGAAACAUGCCGAGGAGGCUGAGGAGCUGGAUCCAUCGAUUUACUCCUACGAUGCGGUGUACGACAGCCUGCACGCCAAACCGAACAAAGCCGCCACGGCGAAUAAGAGCGAAGUUCCAAAAUAUAUGGACAAUUUGCUCCGCAGCGCAGAAGUUCGGAAGCGCGACCAACUACGCGCGCGUGACCGGCAAUUGGCCAAGGAGCGCGAGGCCGAGGGCGAUGAGUUCGCUGACAAGGAGAAGUUUGUGACGGCUGCCUACAAGGCGCAGCAGGCCGAACUGCGGAAGAUUGAAGAAGAAGAGGCACGUCGUGAGAAGGAAGAAGAGGAGCGACGGAAACAGAAUGGCAAUGCUGGCAUGGUUGGGUUCUACCGGGAUAUCCUCUCCCGAGGGGAAGAGCAGCACAAAGAGGUUGUCAAAGCGGCCGAGGAAGCCGCCAAACGCCUCAAAGAGGGCGAGAUUCCGUCAGAGACCGACAAAGAGCCCGGGGAGAAGACAGAGGAGCAGAAAGCGGCGGAGCUCAAUGCUCGCGGAGCUCAUAUUGUCGUCAACGACGAAGGCCAAGUGGUUGACAAACGACAACUGCUGUCGGCCGGCUUGAACGUUGCACCAAAACCCAAAGCACCGCCGGGUGCUGCUGCGCAAGCUCCUCGGCCGGCCGCCGUGCGACCUGGUGUCAAUGCGGGUUUCCAGGCGGGCCGUGCCGGUCAGCGUGCCCGCCAGACGGAAAUGGUUGCCAGCCAGCUAGAGGAGCGUGCCCGACAAGAGGAAGAAGCAGAGGCUGCACGUCAAAAGGAAAUUGCCGAACGCAGCCGCAGCAAAAAGACGGAAGGCGAUGUGUCCAGCGCAAAGGAACGGUACUUGGCACGGAAGCGGGAGCGCGAGGAGGCCGCUGCCAAGGCAAGAAGGGGCAGUUGA